UUUUAGGCUAGGUUGGUUAUUCGGGAUUCAGCCAUGCCAGUCUUCCCUCUUCUCUUCCUUCUUCGGCUCUUCCCUUCCCAAGUUCGCAAUUCGCAAGUCGCAACUUCGCCGGCAGCCGGAACUCCCUGACUCCCAGUCCCAUCCCUUCAGCUUCACCUUCCCUUCCCAGUUCCCUUCCCACUUCGCAGUCCGCACACAGUCGGCGACGGCUAGUUCGAACUUCCUGUUCCAGAUCGACAGAUCCAGUCUUCCCUUUCGGACUUCGGCUUCCACCUUCCCAACUUCGCAGCUUGCACUCUCGAAGACUCGCAGUACUCCUUCGGACCUUCCGUCCUUCAGAAUGGUGGGACUGUCUGCUGGAGAAAAGCUUUUCAUAGAAGGUGGCAUUGCUCAAGACCUCCGUUCUGAUGGCCGAAAGAGAUUAACAUACCGGCCCAUUAAUGUUGAAACUGGAGUUAUUCCUCAGGCUAAUGGUUCAGCAAGAGUCAGGAUGGGUGCAACGGAAGUUAUUGUCAGUGUGAAGGCUGAACUUGGAAAACCAAGUCCAUUACAUCUUGACAAGGGAAAGGUGGUUAUUUAUGUCGAUUGUAGUCCUACCGCUGGGCCGAUGUUUGAGGGCAGAGGAGGUGAGGAUUUAUCAACGGAACUUUCAGUAGCUCUUCAGCGAUGCUUCUUGGGCAGUAAAAGUGGAGCAGGGGCUGGGAUUGAUCUCUCGUCUCUAUCAAUUGUUGAGGGAAAGGUGUGCUGGGAUCUGUACAUCGAUGGUCUUGUGGUUUGUUCAGAUGGGAAUCUGCUGGAUGCUUUGGGUGCUGCCGUCAAGGCUGCUUUGAGCAAUACAGGCAUUCCGAAAGUUCAUGUUGCAGUAGGUGCUGCUGGUGAUGAGCAACCAGAGGUCGACGUCAGUGACGAAGAAUUCUUGCAGUUCGACACCUCUGGGGUUCCUGUUUUGGUUACAUUAACGAAGGUCGGUAAGCACUACAUUGUUGAUGCAACUUCAGAAGAGGAAUCCCAAAUGAGUUCAGCAGUGUCUGUUUCUGUUAACAGGCAGGGGCACAUAUGUGGUCUGACCAAACGUGGGGGUGUAGGCCUUGAUCCAAGCAUAGUUCUUGACAUGAUUUCUGUGGCAAAACAUGUAAGUGAGCAGCUAAUGAACAAAUUGGAUUCUGAAAUAUCUGCUGCAGAGGCCAGCGAAGAGGAAGCAUGAUGAUGUUGGUAUGCAGGAAUAGAAUGGAAUUGAAUGGAAUAAAAUUGAAUUUAUCAUUUAAUUUCAUCAUAAUUUCUACUCAAAAUUUCAUUCCAUUCCUUUCUUACCUCAUUGUAUUCUAUAAAUCGUAUUCCAUUGCAUUCCACAUGUUGGUGGGUUCAUGGUGAACUUAUUUUAUGCAAAAUUCAACUUUUAGGGCUACUGAAUUAGGGGAUAGAAACAGAAUGCCUGCUGUAUUUUUACUAUUUUUAACAUUUACUUAGCAUGGUUAACCAUGCUGCGAGCUGCAAGUAUGCAUUUUUGGGAUUGGAAGUUACUGAGUUCAUAAAAUUUUACUGAA